UUCAAAUGAAAACGUGGCUUCGAUUCCAUUUGUGCAUCACAGGAGAGCGUGAUAGUUUAUGUAUAGCUGAUUGAUUCAUAUUCCAGGGGAACUUCGAGGUCCAUCGAUUGUUUAUUAAUUCUGGACAAAGCAUUCCGCGGAAAAAGGACAACACGCUAUCGCCGUAACUAACCCGGAGUGACAAACAUGACUCCUUCAAUCUAGAGACACCUGGACGACAUUAUGUGCUCGGACUGAAACAGGAUACCUUCGUCAUUUACAAUUCUCGUGUUGUGAUCCAAAAAUGGGACAAAUUACAAACGUCGUCUUGGUGUAUUUGCUCUCGCUUCUGUCGGCAUUUGGAAGUGGCGGAGGUGCUAAAAUGCCCCAUCCUGGAACUCCCAUCAUCCUCCUAUCUACACGCAACGCCACCUACAUCAUUCCGGUGCGCUCAAAUGGACAGUUCAAACCACCUCUCGCAUCGCUGAAUAAAAUCAGGAACAACGGAGCCCGACUGAGAUCAGAAGUGCGAGAAAGGCCACACGUUUACGCCGCAAGAAAACCACCGCGACAGGCGAUCCUUUUUCCCAUGCCGACAAACACCCGCAUUCUGCAAGCAAUGCCGGCUGGUUCUCCCGGCUCCGGGAGCCUUCUCAACAGAAGACCUCCAGGCGUGCAAGAUUUUGUCUUCUGCUUCGAAGCGGGUGGCACGGAAAUGUGCGUGCGCACGGACCUGACGGCGGGAAAAGUGACGGCAGUUGCCAGAAGUCUCCAGGAAGUACGGAAAAGGAGGCGGAAAGCGCUGCCGAAGAAGAAAGUACACAGAAGACGCCGAGCCCUCCGAUCUUGGAAGGAUACCGUCAGAGACACCUUUUGGCCAAAGAAACGAGAAUCUGGAAAAUUUGGCGGAAACGAUGAGCCUCCGUUUAUGGAGGAAACUAUGGACGUGUUCACGUUCAAGAACCUCACUGUUUGGCGAAGGACUCGGUGGGAACAAGUGAUGAACACCACGGAUUUGGGCAAGCACGCAAACGCUUCUGCCAAACUCAACGCAACGCUCCGAGAGCCAGCAGAGAAAGACGUUAGCGUGCAAGCUGUGAAAGACAUAUUGCUCCUGCACGAGAUGCUAGAGCUCACCGAGUGGCCUUCUGCGAAAAAGUGGGCAGAAUUCGAGAAGGGAAGCCGGUUGCUCGUUACCACACAGACAGGCACGAACAAACCAGGGCGAAAGGAAAAUGGUUGGGGGCCCGACUUGGAUCCCCCGUAUAGGGCCCUGCGGGUACAGACAGGCAUUAGGCCACUAGCGCGAGAGAGGCAUAUUUUGGAGGAAGGUUGGGGGACCGACUUGGAUCCCCCGUAUGGGCUCCUACGGGUACAGACAGGCAUGAAGCCACUAGCGCGAGACAGGCAUGUCUUGCAGGAAGGUUGGGGAACCGACUUGGAUCCUCCGUAUGAGCUCUCAAGGGCGAAACAUGAGCACACCCACCCGAGUGAGGUAGAAUCCAAGCCGAUACCUUUUGGUGGCAGGUUGAUCCCACCGGAGUGGUACGAAGACCCUCAACCGCAAUUUGUGAUUAGGGAAAACAAUGGGUAUGGUACUAAAAGCAAAUCGAAAGAAAGCAAUAAAUUGUCGGGAACAAUGGCUUGGAGCAAUAGAGAGCCAGCUGAGGAUGAAUACGUAUCUGCUAUUCCCCAAAGUGGAAGCGACAUUUACACACCGGCGCAGCAAUCAAAUCGCGAAGCUGGCAGUAGCGUUAGGGUUGGUCAUCAAAACUCCGCGGGCGCAUCGAGUUCUCGUUACGACCAUCGCCGCCGCAAAUACGGAUUUGGAGGUACGGAACAGCACGGUGAGUGGAAUAAGAUGAGUGGUGAUUAUGCUCAUAGUGGCAAGAACAUGGACGAUGCUGGCUUAUAGGACGAAGACGUUAUCAGGGUGCCAGCAGUUGGAAGUCUUUCCCAAACCGGCGCAAGUGGCAUCGGCCCUAUCGAGGCGGAGGCAUGGCGGCCAAGCAGCCAAACAUGACACAUAAAACACGGCCAACCCGAAGCAUGACUCCCACUAUGGAGCAGUCUGAGAUGGAGCAGGCAGAAAUGAACGAGCUCAUCGCAAACCGAAAAGCAUUCGGCAACUACUCAAAUCGACUUGUUCUCUUCGCGGAAACGGUGCGCCUAGGCACCACGCAGUCGGAGUUCGGAUGGAAGCUGCUCACAAUAGGUUUUAAACUAUUCAGCAACAGUAGUCACAUCACCGAAGAAGAAAUGAAGGACUUCGUGCGGAAGCUACCAGAGCCUAUGCCCGGGAGCACGUUCCAGGACACCAUGAACUCGAUGAUAAUCUACGACCUGAUCGCCUUCAACGGUUCGGGUGAUUACAACAAGUGGAAUGAAAUGGAGCGGCGAAGGUUGCCCAUCGGGGCUGCGCGGAACAUGAGCCGAGUAGUGCAGAGUCGGCUGGCCAGCGCGCGGUCACUCAAGGCAAUGGUCGACUUGUACGUGAUGCAGCUGGGCGAACUGAUAAUUAUGAAACUCAGCAUUCUCAGUCUGAAUACUUCGUACGACAAAGAUGUAGAAGGCCUCCUCUCAAAGAAACUAAACGUGGACGUAACACCUGAAUCCCUCGCAAUGCAAAAAGAUUUUCUGAGCAAGAACCACGUGUCAGCCAAAGUUUUAGGAGACGUCUACUCCAAAGAGCUUUGGGAUGCAAUGCUUCUAAAUCUCAUUUCUCUCAACGAUGCCAAAGGUACCUCUAGCGAGUGCACCAAAGACCUUCCGCUUCUCAGCUCCAAGAACGCGAACAACACCGAAGCAAUGGCUAAGGAAGUGGAUGCGAUCAUCAACAAGCUGAAAGACACUAACAAUACUAUUAAAAAGGAGAAGUGCGUAAAAGAGGUGUUCUUUCUGAAACUGCUCACACUGGCCAAGAAUACAGAGCACGAGAUCGUCUGGAGGGACGUAAUAGUGAUGAAGUGGGCAAACUUGUCGGGCACGGAAGCCGCCGAAGGUGCGACUUUUUCGCCACAAACGAUCAGUGUUUUAAGAGGAUUUGUGCACGCCAGCGACUUGUCCAUCUUCAAUUCCUUGGUGCAGCAGAUUAGAAUACCCAUCCAGAAGCCUGAUAUGGACAAGAGCUCAGAUAGCGCGGUGCGUAGCAAACUGCUAAAGGCAGUUCGAAAUGCCUCCAGCCCAUUGCGACAAGACCAGUCUAGCCAAACAGUCAUGCACCGCUCAGUGACAGAAGACACGGAGAAGAACGGUUCGGUCAAAGAGCAGCCAUCAGUCCCUGGUGCGCAGCCUGAGCUGAUCACGCAUGAUGGCAGCAGCGAUGUUCCUAGCCAAGGAAAAGAUGCUGCAGUGCCAGCUGUACAGCAAGAGGAAACUACAAGAAGUGAUUUCAGAAACAAUGACGCCUAAGAAGGUCCUGACAGCAGUGACACCAGCUUGAGGUUUCCCAAAGGUUGUUGGCAAAACAGGUAUGCAGAAAGCUGAAAACACUAGUGCGAACAAUACCAUAUAGGUAGCAACCAGUACAAUAUUUAUGCCAAUGGUUUCCAUAAAAAAUUACAAUGCUGCGUAAUCUACAUAGUAUAGAGCGAAGGGAAGGAGCGAAUUAAAGGCACAAAAUAACCCAUCGGAUCCCAGUCUUCCUGUGUGUGAUUUAAAGUGAACUACCAGUGUCUGUCAGCAGCCACAUGUUCGAACGAACACAACAGAAUAGAACCCAAAUAUAAGCAAAAAAAAGGAUAAGUAAUUCCCAUCGAUAACGCAGUGCAAACCUAAGGCUAACGGCGCGUAUUAGUCACC